UGUGCCUACUUAGGAAGGGCCCUGAGGGGCACCGUCCAAAAAAUGAAUCCAAUUAUACACUGAUUCGACACUGGAUAUUUACAUAGCUGAAGUUUGUAUCAUGUAUGAAGUGCUAUCGGUUCUUGUGUGUCUCAGUCGGCGGUGUUUAAAUUUCGGUUUUGAGGGAGGGGCGCAAGUCAAAAGGUUAUGCCCCCUCAGUUACGCCUCCUCUAACUUCAAAUACUAGACUCGCACCUGUUGCCGCCCCUGUCUAUUUCAUAAACCAAUCUUAUACUGCCCAAGGUGUUCCGAUUGGCUCGAAGCUUGUCGGACAUGGCCGAGUUGUUACGAUUGAAACGAUGCGUAAAUCUAAGUUUGGGAUCCCAGCGCAGAAAUUCGGGUUUUUAGCUAACCCAUGCAGGCACGUACUAAAGUGCUGACGAGUUAGCUGACAAUCUAGAAAUGGCCAAAAAGAUGUGUUGGUUGGGAUCUAUUCUAUAUUUAUUGGUUGUUUUAAGGAUAGAUGUAGCUUCUUCACAUUCAACACAUGAAUACAUAGCCCAUUACUGCCUUCAAUGGAUGUUGCCACGACGGAACGAAUACUUUCCCCAUGUUCGAGACUCCAUCCAAGAGUUCAUCAACCGCCGCCCCGAUGGCAGCCGCAUCCAGCUGUUUGGGGUCACCGACUACAACUACAAGAUACUCGACAUCACAAAGUCUAACUCAAGCGAGAUAUGGUCCAAGAAGCUCUUGGAACUGAAGCCCGGCGAUUUUGAGUACAGCCAUAAUGGAACUGUCUCCUCUGUUCUUCUCAAUGCCAACCUGAAGGACUGCUUCGACCAUUACCAAGGCUUGACGCAAAUAUCGGUACUCAUAGGUCCUUCUACCACGAUGGGGGUGCUGAAUUUUAAGAAAUUGACGUUCAAAAGUUUCGUGAUUCAAACGGAUGUGCCGCCAUCCAAAGAUUCUUUGGUAACCUUUGCAACCAACCUUAACCACGUGUUCUUAGUAUCGGAAAGUGACGAGCUGAACAAACUUAUAGCAGAAGAUACCGAGCAUAAAUGCAAUACUGACAAGUACUGGCGCUCUGACUUUAAUACAUGUGAAAGCUGUAAAAACAAGUGUAGCCGCGCAUCUCUCACUUGCGAAAACCAAGACCUGGCCGUAGAGUGCAAAUACCAGAUAGAAGAAUGGACACGGUUAAAACAAUCAACAGCUGGUCCAACAACUAGUGAUCCAUGGGUGAGCAGUCCUUUUGCCCAGGAACCCGAGAAAUCGCCAAGCAGUGGCUGGUGGCGCUAUCUGGUAUGGAGUUUGGGUGGAACACUGGGUGUCGCUACAUUGGUUGUUGUGCUGUGCCGGGUAAAGGGGAUGAGGAGAAGAAGGGAGAUGACGGCAAUGGAUGGAAGGCCUAAUGAGGAAAGAGGAAAUGACCACCGCAUGCUGCCAGAUAACCGUCCUGUGACGGACACCCAGCCACAUGAUGAUCGACUCUCACGUGAGGCUAGGCCAUAUGUGGACGGAGGGUUGGAGGUUCAGAGAGAGGAGACGCAACCACUCAUGAAAGUAGCUGACGCUAUUAAAGCUGCGCCUGUACACAAUGGGCCAUUCCUGGACAUGCAUGCAGCUACCAACAUUCAACCCUGCCCACCAUCUCCACGACAGGAGGCUAACUUGUGACAGCAUCUGCAUCAUAGGAACUAUAGCAUGUUAGCUCAAAGCAUAUAGUGUGUUUUAAUACGCCAUGUGUGUUUCCCGAUCCUUAUUAUAAAUAAGGUUGUAAUUUUAAGAUAGAUAGUUUGCAACUCAUGUAGAACAUGCAUUUCAAUAUAUCUCAGUAGUUACUUAUUGUUUACUGUAUUCGGUUUACAACAUGGUAGCUCGCACAUUUGCGGUCAUUUUGAAAUUUUAAGUAUUAUACAUUAUAAACUUGUGUGAUAUACAUCCCUUUAUGGAUUGCAUUUUAUUCCAUGGAUAGCUAUUUGGGGCCGACAGUGCUUCUAUAAAACCCCAAUCCCGUUAAAAUCAUAUCGUGACGUUCACUCCAUUUCAUUACGUCAUACAUAGCGUAACAUAGCGUAACGUCGUAAAGCGGGUAUUGGGGAUCUGAUUUUAAUGUUUCAAGUUUCAAGUUUUAUUUAUAAUAAACCAGAAGGGCGUAGACCCAUGAGGCAUAAAGUGCACAGUGGUGACAAAUACAAGUAAUAUGUGCUUGUGCGGUAACAUAUUAUCUAAUAAAUUUUAUACAAAAUUUGAUUUAGAGCAUGCAUACAUUUAUAAAUUAACUGUUCGAGUAAAUUCUACUCUUACAUUUCGAGUUUAUAAAACAUCCUCCCUUUCAAUCUAAGUGCGGAAAUGUAAUUACCUAGAGUGUAUACAGGAAAUAUACUAAAGGUAAAUAAUUUUGAUAUGGAUGUUUGUGACGUUUUAUAUUCUUAUGUUGAACUAGGAUGGAAAAGGAAAAUGUAAUAAAUAAUUAUAUAUGUAUACAUUUCAAAUUCAUUAUGUACAAUAAACAGUAUUUUUCCUCUAGGAAUCAACUGCAUGAAAUUAAGAAGAUAAUGGGAUUGAUGAUUUACAGUAACCCAUAUCUACUAGGAACAUAUUCAGCCAAUACCGUUAAAAAGAAUUGAAAAUGAAGUGUUGAUCAUAGUUUGUUUUGUAAGAAACCAUCGAUAAACUACAUAGUUUUGAUACAUUUUAUUUUUAGAUGCACUUUACAUCCUGUAUUAAUGCUUUUAACUCUUUUGGACAUACUGAUGUAUCACUUGUUUCAAAAUAUCUCCGAAUACCUCAGGAAAAUAUAACUAUUCGUCAUUAUAAUUUUUUAAGAAAAAAUGUGUAAAGUAAUUACAUAUAGAAAGUCUAACUAUUUUUUUAAGAUUUAUUAAUCAAUAUUUUAUUUAAAGGCCUAGUUUAGGAAUGUUUGGCAUGAUAAUCCCCUGCUGGGCAUCUUCUGCUAAUUGCACUGGUGUCACAGUAGGGGCCAAUUUCCUGUGUAUUCGUUUAUUACCGGCUCAGGGCCAUUUAGGGUCCAUUUCAAUAAUAAAACCUCCUAAACUGCACAGCAGGAUACGCAGAUCAGAGAUCUGAUAAGAGGGAUCAAGGCAAGUAGAUUAAGAUCAAUACAUAGAGGUUGUGUACGUACACAGAUUGGAGGGGGGGGGGGGUCACUUAAAGAAGGCUUAAACUAGGCCUUUAAGUCAAUUAUAUUAGUUUUACUUUACCGAAAAUUGUUUUAAUUUUUUUUAACUCUACUUAAAAGAGAAUUAUUUUUGAUAAGGCAACUUAUUUAAACUGAUUUGAAAUGUCAUCUUGUUUGAUAAUACAUCUCGCAAUAGAGUGUAUAUACAUUGUUAAGAUUUGUUCUUCAAAUGAUUUAAUAAACACAAUAUAAAUGAAUAU